UUUUAAUACGCCACAGCGGUGGCGCAGCCCAUUUCCGCACCAUAGAAAAAGGAGUGUAGUAUUUUUAGGAAAGGAAAUAAAUCCUCGUCAGCGCGGCUUCGAUGAACAAAAAAUAAAAGGGAUACCCAAUGGCUCCCCAGUUGGUCCUCUUUUCACCCAAAAAUCCAAAAUCCUAGGGUUUCAACUGCGGCCGGCAAAUCAUUUCUUCCCUUAAUCGAUUCCUGUCACUCUCUCGGGGUCUUGUAGGACUCUGAUCUCCUUCAUCGGGGAAUCGAGCUUAGCGCUGCAUCUUAAGCUUCGCCAAUUGGAAUGGCGGGCUCUACUUCACUGCUCAUUGGUCAGCUUACCAUUGAUCUUCCGAUUGAUGUACCUGAAGGAAAAACUGUAGAAUCAGUUACUGAAUCUUUGAAGGAAGAAUUUGCUUCUAAACGUGCUGAUUAUGUAAAGAAAAGGAGAGAAGAGAAUGCACAAAAGUUGUAUGAUGUGACGAAUAAUCAUUUUAAGUUGUCAACAGAAAGAAAAAAUCUUAUAGUUCAUGGUGCGGAUGUUAGCAUUGAUCUUCUGUCUAAGAGACAGCAUGAUGCAAUUAAUAUGCAAAUUGGGAUUGGUUCCAGCAAUGGAGAUAAUGAUAGCAAUAGUUGUGAAGAUGAUGGAUAUGCCUCUUCUGAAAUUCUUCCAGGAUCUAGCAUUGCCGUCAAUAAUGCUGGAUGUCCCAUUAUACUUCCUAAAGUGGAAAGACUGCCUCGAUAUACUACAUGGGUAUUUUUGGAUAGAAAUCAGGGGAUGCCCGUGGGUCAAUCAGUGGUUGGUCGUAGUAGAAUUUAUUAUGACCAGAAUAGUGGAGAAGCUCUAAUUUGCAGUGAUAGUGAGGAAGAAUUACUUGAAGACAAACAAGAAAAGAGGGAGUUUGUAGAGUCCGAAGAUGUUAUGCUGUGUUCAACUAUCCAACAAAUUGGCCUGUCCGAUACAGUGUUAGAAUUGCUAGGGCAGUUCUUGUCUAGAAAACCCAGUGAAGUCAAGGCAAGAUAUGAAGAUCUUGUUAAGGACAAAAAUGAAUUCUCCUCAAAGAGUGAGAACAUCCAAGGGACUCCAAAUUCAUUUCUUGACGAAGAUCUUGAUGCUGCUCUAGAUUCUUUUGACAGCCUAUUCUGUCGUCGAUGCCUUGUUUUUGAUUGUAAAUCACAUGGAUGUUCGAAGGACCUGAUUUUUCCGGCUGAAAAACAAUUGCCAUGGUGCCCUCCCGACGUGGAUAAGGAGCCCUGUUGUCCCAAUUGCUAUCGCCUGAAGGAAAGUGCAGCUGGAUUGACUUCCCCUCAGUUUGCUAAUCAUGGAGAAAACCAUGUCCAACCAUCUGAUAUUGCUAAUAAUACUCAGGUGCCUGGUACGGAGCAUUUAUCAAGGACAUUACAUUCUUGCGAAAGCAAAAGUGUUUCAUCGAAUGCGAAGAAUAUCUCUGAAAAUAUCGAUUCAGAGCUUAGGCUGUUAUGUGACAUCACUACUGUUCAGCGUUCUGCUUCUCCAUCUAACAGAAAAUCUGAUAGUAAAGUGGGGAAAACCAAAUCAAAAUGCAAGAGAAUAGCUGAAAAUGUUCUAGUUGCCACUAAAGAGCGGCGAAUAAAUAUGAUGGCUGUGGAGUCUGGCUAUAUAGCUUCUGGUAGUCUAGUGUCCAAAGACUUGAAUCUCCAGUCUAAUUCACAUAAGGAUGUCAAAGAUGUUAGUUCAUGUUCACAAAAAACACAACAAUCUCAGUGUGAUAGAAGGUCUAGGAGGGAAGUCUCUCCAGUAUUGCACAGUAAAAAUUCUUUGCAAGGUGAGGGUUUCGGUUGCCAAUAUAAAGAGGCUGCCAGUGAUAAAAAUGGGAUGAAUUAUGCCUGCAUUCAAGAUAUAGAUGGUGACAAACCAUGGAGACCACUUGAAAAGGCUCUCUUUGAAAAAGGUCUUGAAAUGUUUGGUCGGAGCAGCUGUAUGAUUGCUCGAAAUCUGCUGAAUGGUUUAAAAACUUGUUGGGAGGUGUUCCAGUAUAUGAACAAUUCCGAGAAUAAGCUAUCACUAAUAAGUGAUGGGGUGAAUGGAAUGUUUCAAGGCUCUUUUAAGGGUGAUGGCCAUACAGUCAUGGGUAAUCAACCACGGAGAAGAUCUAGAUUGUUACAUAGAAGAGGUAGAGUUCGCCGCUUAAAAUACACAGGGAAAUCAGCUGGAUAUAAUGCACUUAGGAAAAGAAUAUCUGAGAGGAAAGACCAGCUUUGCCGUCACUAUAAUCCAUGUAAUUGUCAAGCACCUUGUGGAAAAGAGUGUCCUUGUAUCGUAAAUGGGACCCUCUGUGAAAAAUAUUGUGGAUGCAAGAGUAUCAAGAAUUGCAAGAAUCACUUUCGUGGUUGUUUUUGCAUAAAAGGUCAGUGUAGAAGUAGACAAUGCCCUUGCUUUGCUGUAGACAGGGAAUGCGAUCCUGAUGUUUGCCGGAAUUGUUGGAUCAGCUGUGGUGACGGGACUCUCGAUAUUCCUCCACAAAGAGGUGACAAUAAUGAAUGCGGUAACAUGAAGCUUCUUCUCAAACAACAUCAAAGGGUUCUUCUUGGACGGUCUGAUGUUUCUGGAUGGGGUGCUUUCUUGAAGAAUAGUGUUGAAAAGAACGAAUACCUUGGGGAAUAUACCGGUGAAGUAAUCUCACACCAUGAAGCUGAUAGGCGUGGAAAGAUUUAUGAUCUUAGAAAUUCUUCUUUUCUCUUCAAUUUGAAUGACCAGUUUGUGCUUGAUGCUUAUCGGAAGGGUGACAAGUUGAAGUUCGCAAAUCAUUCUCCUGAUCCAAAUUGCUACCCCAAGGUUAUUAUGGCUGGUGGAGAUCACAGAGUUGGUAUAUUUGCCAAGAAAAAAAUUUGUGCUGGAGAGGAACUCUUCUAUGAUUAUUGUUAUGCGCCAGAUACACCACAUGUCUGGGCAAGAAAGCCUGAGGCACCCACUACAAGAAAGUUCUUCUUGGAAGAUCUAUGUGUCUGGCUGGGGUGCUUUCUUGUAGAAUGGUGUUGGAAAGCGCGAGAACCUUGGGGAGUAUACUGGUGAAAUAAUCUCACACCAUGAAGCUGAUAAACGUGGAAUAAUUUAUGGAUCGUGAAAAUUCUUCAUUUCUCUUCAAUUUAAAGGAUCAGUUUGUACAUGAUGCUUAUUGGUGGAAGGGUGACAAGUUGAAGUUUGCAAACCAGUCCCGUGAUCCAAGUUGCUACCCCAAGGUUAUUAUGGCGGCUGGUAUCACAGAGUUGGUAUAUUUACCAAAGAAAGAGUUUGUGCAGGAGAAGAAACUCUUCUAUGAUUACCAUUAUCAGCCAGAUACAACACCUGCCUGGGAUAGAAGAGGAGCUCUUCUAUGAUUAUCAUUAUCAUCUGUUUCUAGGAAAGAGUUGACUGUUCCUUCAAGUGCCUUGCUUUUUUAUUGGCUCAUUCUUCUUCCAACAUUGACCACCUGAUUGACCUUGUGAUCCAUUCUUUUUAGGGACUUUUGUUGUUGUUAUGCGCAAAUCACUUGGUUCAAACUCCGACAAAUGGACAGAAGACUAGACAAUGAUUCUAAUCCAUAUCUUACACAGGGAGCUAAAAGGAGAAGCCAGAACUAUCCCACUUUCCAUCUUUCCAGACAGCACAAACUUUUAGUUUAUCCUCCCCUUCAUUCAGGAGGCCAUGGAGGAUGCCUCUAAUGGUGUCAUGGUUGGAAACCCAUUUUAUCAUGCAAAAGGUUGACAUUGUUGCCAUUAAGAACAGACCACAUAUGCGCUCCUAAACUAUCCUUCCAACCAUUGUCAAACUUAUUUGAAAAAAAUAUAUUUAUAAUUAGUCAUUUGAUUUUUCAUAUUGUAAUUUUUUAAAUUAUAAAAUACAACUCAUCCUGUUUCAAUUUGUUUAUCUUAUUUUUUAAAAAAAUUAUUUAAAAUAAAA